AUGCCGCUGUUUGGUCGAGAGAAGGGCCGCAGCCCGAGAUCCCGAAGAUCAGAUGAUGAAUUUGUCGUGUUUCUUCAGGGGAUUCCAGCCCAUUGUCGCUGGCAAGAAUUGAAGGAUUUGGUGCGCCAGACGGCUCUCCAUAUUCGCCAGGCCGUAGUCUAUGAUGACAGCCACGGCUUCCCGACAGGUUUAGGCCAGAUCAUUGUCAAGAACGAGGAUGAAGCUUGGCGGACUUAUCAUCGGCUAUCAACGAAUGGGUGGGAGGGCCAGAGCCUAGUUGUGACAUUGGCACGUACCAGCUCUCCUACAAAGCCUGUUGCCGGACCUACUAGAAGUCCACCCGCAAUGAUUCAUGGCUACAUGUCGGGCCAUUCCACACCACCCCGAUCUCAGGGAAACAUGACCAUGCCUCCGUCACCGGUUUCGCCCGAAUCCGUCCACUCUGCUAGCCCAACCUACCCAUACCCAGAAUUUGUGCCAAUGAUAGGCCCUUUGGCGAUGGCACCACAGCCUUACAUGCCCAUGAUGCCAGAGCCUAUGCAAUGCGUCCCGCCAUCUCCUAUGAUGCACUGCUCGAUGUACGACGCCCCAGGCUGGAACAUGUUGCCCAUGUACCCGAUCUCGCCCGUUCAGCCUCUACACGAUAACCCAGGAGACCCCUUUCCACGAUUCCACCCGCGCAAACCAUGGGCCAACCACCCACCCACCUCUAGCUCUCCCGUUCCCGACCUCGCCCAGCGAGUAGUCUACUUCCAGAAUUUGAACUCAGCAACUACAACAGCAGACCUGAAGGCCCUCCUCCAGAACGUCGGAACUGUGGAGCAGUGCAACGUCACAGGACCCUCCAAAAUCCACGAUCUCCCCCAACCUCACGCUUCUGCCAUCAUGCACAGCGUUGAUGAAGCGAGGCGUGCCAUGGACAUGUUAAAUGGAAUGACGUUCAUGGGUUCUCGAAUUCGCGUCCGAAUGGAUCAGUUUCCCGAUAAUUCACGAAAGGGGAGCUGGGAUGGCAAGGUGGCGCAAGACGAGCCCGAUCUGAUGGAGCAGACAGCUAGUGAGAAGAGCUCUGAGUGCAGUGGAUGUGAGCAGGAUGUUUCCUUCCAGGAGCCAAAGCGGAUGGACCCACAUAAACCGCUUGUGGUUGAUGGUAGUGGGGUGCAGAAGAGGUCUUUAGAGUUGUUGUCGACAUCUGCGCCAACUUAG